CGCUAUCACUUUUGGGGUGCGCUUAAAAACCCCACUCUUUCUCUCGAGUGGAGAUAAGAUCAUCGAUCAAUCGCUCCGUAGCCGCGAAAAGAAUGAAGUUCUUCGUUUUGUUGGCGUUUGCGUGCAUCGCAUUGUCGAGCCUGAAUGGAGCCAAGAACCGGGCCGAGGGAGGAACACUCGGUACGAACCAGCUGAAUCCAAUUGGUCGCAAGCUGAUUGACAGACCAGGUGGUGUACCAGUUCCGACGAAGCCUGCACCCGGAGACGAACCCAAGCUAACUCCAGGAGCUGAUCCUUUACCAUCGCCCGGAAAUGAGCCAAAGCCGCAGCCAGGAGACGAGCCAAAGCCAAACCCAGGAGACGAGCCAAAGCCAAACCCAGGGGAUGAACCAGGGAACGAACCAAAGCCAAACCCAGGAGACGAGCCAAAGCCAAACCCAGGGGAUGAACCAGGGAGCGAACCAAGGCCAAACCCAGGAGACGAACCAAAGCCAAACCCAGGAGACGAGCCAAAGCCAAACCCAGGAGACGAGCCAAAGCCAAACCCAGGAGACGAGCCAAAGCCAAACCCAGGAGACGAGCCAAAGCCAAAUCCAGGAGACGAGCCAAAGCCAAACCCAGGAGACGAACCUUUGCCACAGCCAGGAAGAGCAAGGCCGAAUCCGAAGCCUGAACCAAAGCCAGAACCGCGUCCUGGAGGCAAACCACUUCCUGGAAACAAACCCAGGCCAGGCAAAGGCCCACUUCCAAAACCCGGUGAUGAGCCAAAACCAGGUGAUGGACCAGUUCCAAUACCGUGAGCACAGAUGGUGCGAAUGUAUAGAUGUGUGUGAGCACUGAGAGAUAUAAUAGUAAACGAGGUGUAAAAGUUUUCA